AUGCAGAGUGGAGAAGCUAAUCAACGCAUUGCAAGAAUUUCAGCUCAUCUUCACCCUUCAAACCACCAGAUGGAGGAGAGCUCCAUUUUGAAGCAAGCAGAAUGCAGAGCAAAAGGCGGCGCACCUGGAUUCAAAGUAGCCAUAUUGGGUGCUGCUGGAGGAAUUGGCCAACCCCUCUCCUUGUUGAUGAAAAUGAAUCCAUUAGUCUCUGUUCUUCAUCUUUAUGAUGUCGUUAACACCCCCGGAGUCACUGCUGAUAUCAGCCAUAUGGAUACUGGUGCUGUGGUGAAAGGUUUUCUUGGACAACAGCAACUGGAGAAUGCUCUUACAGGGAUGGACCUUAUCAUUAUACCUGCGGGUGUUCCAAGGAAGCCAGGAAUGACCAGAGAUGACCUUUUCAACAUCAAUGCUGGAAUUGUGAGGACCCUUUGUGAAGGAAUUGCAAAGUGUUGUCCUAAUGCAAUUGUCAACUUGAUCAGUAAUCCGGUGAACUCAACAGUUCCAAUUGCAGCAGAAGUUUUCAAGAAAGCAGGCACUUAUGAUCCAAAGAAGCUCUUGGGAGUUACCAUGCUUGAUGUUGUGAGAGCCAACACUUUUGUGGCAGAAGUUUUGGGAGUUGAUCCUAGAGACGUUGAUGUUCCUGUUGUUGGGGGUCAUGCAGGAGUGACAAUUUUGCCUCUUCUCUCACAGGUUAAACCUCCUUGUUCGUUUACAAUAGAGGAAACCGAAUACCUGACAAAGCGCAUUCAAGAUGGUGGAACUGAAGUUGUUCAGGCAAAAGCUGGUGCUGGUUCCGCAACGCUAUCAAUGGCAUACGCAGCAGUCAAAUUUGCAGAUGCGUGCCUCCGCGGAUUAAAAGGAGGUGCUGACAUUGUUGAAUGUGCUUUCGUAUCUUCUCAGGUCACGGAACUCCCCUUCUUUGCCUCUAAGGUACGGCUUGGCCGUGCAGGAGCGGAAGAGAUCUACCAGCUUGGACCUUUGAAUGAGUAUGAGAGGGUGGGCCUGGAGAAAGCAAAGAAAGAGCUAGUAGAAAGCAUUCAGAAGGGAAUUUCAUUUAUCAGGAAAUAA